UUUUAAUUGGCGAUUCUUGUUUCACAAUGCUUCCUAAUGGCAAAAAACAUGUUUGUCAAAGUGUACCUCUGGAUGUACUUAGUAGCUUUCCAGAGAAUGUAAUCGAUGAUAUUCUUAUAUGUUUGCCUUUACGAGAUGCUGUGAGGACAAGCAUCUUAUCCACAAAAUGGAGAUAUAAAUGGUGUAGAAUUCCUCAUUUGAAACUCGAUCAAACACUUUGGGGAACAACAAAGGACUUGAUACCUCUUACAAUCAAAUUUACUGACAUUAUUUAUCAUCUUUUGACCUCUCAUGCGGGACCAAUUUCAAAGUUUAUCCUCUCCAUUCAUGAUCUUGGAGAUUGUCCUAAGAUUGACAAGUUGAUAUAUUACCUCUCUAAGAAUGGCAUUCAACAUCUUGAUCUUACAUUCUCCUAUUAUAACCAAUACAAAUUGCCUUCUUCAGUUUUCACAUGUUUGCAAUUGAUGCAUCUGUCUCUCCAAUAUUGUUCAAUACAACUUACUCCUCGAGCCUUCAAAGGAUUUGAUAGGUUAAUUAGCCUGGAAUUAUGUAGCAUCACAAUUUCAUCCAAAUUCCUUGAAAGUUUAAUAUCUAAUUGCCCCUUGCUUGAUCAGUUGGGGCUGAAUCAUAAUGUUUACUCCGAUGUCAUUGAAAUUAAUGCUCCCAUGCUGCGAGCCUUUGACUUCGCCGAAGCUGAAGGAUCUAUAUGUUUAAAAAGUGUCCCUCAUCUUGCAAAACUUUCACUUUGUCAUAAAAAUUAUCAUGUGGGGACAAGAAAUUGCUUUGAGUCUUUCUAUUAUCUUGAACAUCUCGAAUUGAUAGGCCAUAGUCUCAAGGUAAAUGUGCUUUAUCACUCCAUUCAGCAUUUUCAUAUAUGGAAUAUGUUUUGGGCUUUGAGUAAUUUUGUUUUUCUUCCUAGUUCUUGGUUGCAGCAGCACGUGAAGUACCAACAAGGCUUCCCUUUGAUCUUAACUGUCUCAAGCGUCUUUGCUUAGAUGAUAUUUAUCUAGGUGAAUUGGACGUGGUGUUGUGUGUUCUUUGCUUGAUUAGAAGCUUCAAAUAUUUACAAUAUUUGGAAAUCCAGGUUCUUAAUCAUUUGAAUCUUUCCUUUCAUAUUUUUUUUUAAAUCCUCACUAAGUUUCGAGAGUUGGGUUGUUGAUUAUCUUUCGUAGAUGCUUGAUGAAGAUGAUGAUAUUCCAGCACUACGAUGCCUUGAAUUGGAAGAUUUCGCAGAUGUGACAUUUAGUCACCUUAGGAAAGUUAAGCUAAGAUGUACUACAGGCUCAGACCCUGAGAUGCAACUUAUCAAGCUUUUGUUGGCCAAAUCUCCCAUGCUAGAGACGUUGCUAAUCUUUCCCUUGUUAGAUUAUGAUCAUGCUGGUGAAACAAUCAAAAACAAAAUCCCUGUUUUGCUAAAUUCGUUUCGGCGUGCAUCACCUGAAGUAGAAGUUGUUUAUGCUUUUUGCUGACUAAUUUGUUUUGCUAUGAAUUUGUUAUUACGACACUAAGGGAUGUUACAUUUAGUGCAUGUUCUUGACUGAUCUAUGAAAUGAGACUUGCGAAAUGAAUUAA